CUCUGCCUGAUAAACAGCUGCUUACCAUUUAGGGCACUUCACAAAGUUUACCCCCCCCCCGAAAAAAACUUCUCGAAUUGGGAUUUUUUUUUUCUUUGUGUGCGUGUACGUGUGUACAACUUUCUUGCUGUGGAUGUUCAGAUAUAGAAAGUCUGCACCGCUGGAAGCUCAAGUCUGGAUUCUAGGUUUGCGUAAUGCUGAGGCGUCCUCUGUUCAACAUCUGGAUUAACUAUUUGGAGUCAGAGCUAGCGGCCCAACACAAAACUCUGACUGUCUCGCCUAUCUUUAUGGAAAGACUGUCUGUUUCUCUGGAAUUUAACUCCUUUUGACAACCCGAGUAGUGCACAUAGAUUAUGUAUUCUUUAAAAUGGGUGCGAACAAUGGAAAACAGUAUGGAAGCGAGGGUAAAGGGAGCUCAAGCAUCUCUUCUGACAUAAGUUCGAGCACAGAUCACACACCAACUAAAGCUCCAAAGAAUGUGGCUACCACCGAAGGUUUAGACUCCGGCACAAGGACUCUGAGCACCCCCAGUCCUGGUCUGAUCCUGCCGUCCAAGUCCUCCUCCCUCUCCUCACCCGCCCUCUCCAGCAACGGCCAUGAGACCAACUCCUCGUCUUCCUCCUCGGCCCCCGCCGAGACAGUCGCCGUGGUCCACCCUCAGCCGGGCACUCACACUCGCUCCCGCCAGUCAAAAGCCCACCACCACGGCCCCAUCGAUCUCCUCCCUGACCACACCCUUCUGCAGAUCUUCUCCCACCUCCCCACCAAUCAGCUGUGCCGCUGCGCACGCGUAUGCCGCCGCUGGUACAACCUGGCAUGGGAUCCGCGGCUGUGGAGCACCAUCCGGCUGACGGGAGAGCUUCUCCAUGCUGACCGUGCCAUCAGGGUCCUGACCCACCGGCUGUGCCAGGACACCCCGAACGUGUGUCUGACCCUGGAGACGGUGGUGGUAAAUGGCUGCAAGAGGCUCACUGACCGGGGGCUGCAUGUGGUGGCUCAGUGCUGCCCGGAGCUACGUCGCCUGGAGGUUGCUGGCUGUUAUAACAUCUCUAAUGAGGCCGUGUUUGAGGUGGUGUCCCGCUGCCCCAACCUGGAACACCUGAACCUCUCAGGCUGCUCCAAGGUGACAUGUAUCAGCCUUACCCAAGAGGCCUCACUCCAGCUGUCCCCUCUGCACGGCCAGCAGAUUUCCAUUCACUUCCUGGACAUGACCGACUGCUUUUCCCUCGAGGAUGAGGGUUUGCGAACUAUCGCCUCCCACUGCCCCCGCCUGACACAUCUGUAUUUGCGCCGCUGCACCAGACUGACUGAUGAAGCCUUACGCCACCUGGCUCUCCACUGCCCCUCAAUAAGGGAGCUGAGCCUCAGUGACUGCCGCUUGGUAGGGGAUUUCGGCCUGCGUGAAGUCGCCCGGCUGGAGGGCUGCCUGCGCUACCUGAGUGUAGCCCACUGCACCCGCAUUACGGAUGUGGGCAUGCGCUACGUGGCUCGCUACUGCCCGAGACUGCGCUACUUGAACGCAAGGGGUUGUGAGGGGCUGACAGACCACGGCCUAGGUCACUUGGCCAGGAGCUGCCCCAAACUCAAGUCUCUGGAUGUGGGUAAAUGUCCUCUGGUGUCAGACAGCGGACUGGAGCAGCUGGCUAUGUACUGCCAAGGCCUGAGACGAGUGAGUCUCAGAGCCUGCGAGAGCGUAACGGGCAGAGGACUCAAAGCUCUGGCAGCUAACUGCUGCGAGCUGCAGCUUCUCAACGUGCAGGACUGCGAGGUGUCGCCAGAGGCUCUGCGGUUUGUCAGACGCCACUGCCGGCGCUGUGUCAUCGAGCACACAAACCCCGCUUUCUACUGAGGCGGGGAGUUAUUGGACUGGUCCUCUGACAAGUGGAUGUUCUAAUAUUCCUGCUAUGGUGUUGGCAGAGUUCAGCGGCUGAUGUGUCAGAACUGGUUGAAAACUGGUGUGCAAUACUGGCCAGAAUUUGUCUUUUUAAAUCCGCUUAGUGGCUGUUAAUGCUGUCCUUUGAAAAUACUUCAAUAGAAUGUAUUUAACAUAUUUAUCUGUAAAAAGGCAGAGAAGUACAGUAUUUCAAUAUAUUACUUUUUUUUUCCAACAUCACAAUUUGCAAUGUAACGAAAUGCUACAACACUGAGCACUGGGUACAGUUGUGUUACCAUUUAAAAGCAUUGUAAUAUAUUUUAUUUUAAAAUUCAUCAUCACUUUAAGGCCCUGAGUCAUAAUCAUACUCAUACAUUACCGCAUCUAUUUAUAAACAGCAAGUAUCUUCAGACUAAACCACUAAGAAUGUAGCUACAAAGCAGCAACAAAGCAGAUCUGGUGAUUUGAAAUAUACUCAGUUUCACUUUCUUUAUGUUGUGUGCAUAUGCACUUUAUGCAGUUGUACUGACAAUCACUUCAACUGAGCUCAAAGUGUCAUAUUUCAGAUUUUGUCCAUAAUAUUUCUGAUAGUUAAAGGUUACUAUUAGCCAGUGCCAAAUAGAGACUAACUGUUACGGGACCAUUGUUAGAAAAUAAACAAGAACACAUUGCUGCUAUAACUGUGCCAAUAAAAUUCUUCUGAA